GCCAUGAAUGUAGAGAAUGGGGGUAUGCCAAGCCUGGCCCAUCCCAGGAAGGCCCGCUGGACCCUGAUGCUAAUUCUAUCCACUGCCAUGUAUGGUGCCCAUGCUCCAUUAUUAGCACUGUGCCAUGUGGACGGCCGAGUGCCCUUCCGACCCUCCUCUGCUGUAUUGCUCACUGAGCUGACCAAGCUACUGUUGUGCGCCAUCUCUCUCCUUGUGGGUUGGCAAACAUGGCCCCAGCGGUCCCCACCCUGGCGCCAGGCUGUACCUUUUGCGCUAUCAGCCGUGCUCUAUGGUGCCAACAACAACCUGGUGAUCCAUCUACAGCGUUACAUGGACCCCAGCACCUAUCAGGUGCUGAGCAACCUCAAGAUUGGAAGCACGGCUCUGUUGUACUGCCUCUGCCUCCAGCGCCGUCUCUCUGCACGCCAAGGGUUGGCGCUGCUGCUGCUGAUGGCUGCAGGGGCCUGCUAUGCGGCAGGUGGUCUUCAGGACCCUGUGAACACCCUUCCUGGACCCCCUUCACCUGCUGCCAACAGCCCCAUGCCCCUGCAUAUCACUCCACUGGGACUGCUGCUCCUCAUGUUAUACUGCCUCAUUUCGGGCUUGUCGUCUGUGUACACCGAGCUGCUCAUGAAGCGACAGCAGCUGCCCCUGGCACUUCAGAACCUCUUCCUCUACACUUUUGGUGUGAUCCUGAACCUUGGUCUGCAUGCAAGCAGCGGCCCAGGCCCAGGCCUCCUAGAAGGGUUCUCUGGAUGGGCAGCUCUUGUGGUGCUGAGCCAGGCACUAAAUGGACUGCUCAUGUCAGCCGUCAUGAAGCAUGGCAGCAGCAUCACACGGCUCUUCGUUGUGUCCUGCUCGCUGGUGGUCAAUGCUGUGCUGUCAGCGGCUCUGCUGCAGUUGCAGCUCACAGCCGCCUUCUUCCUGGCCACACUGCUCAUCGGCUUGGCUGUACGCCUGUACUAUAGCAGCCCCUAGGCCCUGGCCAUCUUCACUGUCACUCUGACCACCACCAGAGCCACCUCCCAGGCCUCUCUUCCCCUGUCCCCCAAAAGCCCUGCAAUAAGUGCCUUGUGAGAAAGACUUGGACAGCUAGGUCAGUCUUUGGAAGUAGCUAGAUGGAGUAAUAGGGAACAUGAAGAGCAGGCUUGGUUGAGGAAAUUCAACCCUACUUCUGUGUUCUUUCAUACUAAAGAAUUGGUCUAAGAACUCCAUCCCUGGUAGAGAAAGCUUCCUGCUUCAUUCUGCAUGAAUAUAGUUGCUUCGAGUGGGGUGUAUGUAACAUGUGACUUUUCUUGCCUGCAGUGGUCAGGUCCCUGUCCCCAAACCUGGAGCUGGCUGCUACAGCCCAACAUGACUUCCACAUAAGGACUGUGUAGCCCCCACUGUCUGCAGGAAGGCCCACUUGUCAUAAAUCAUAGAACCAUCUGCCAGGCUCUCCCAACUCUAGUAGUGCCUGGAGGGAUCCCCUGCUUCUUCAGUGCUGCUUCCCACGCCCAGCCUUUAUCCUGGAAACCCCAGAGAAGGCUGGGGCUUGACUCAUCUCAGGGAACAUUGCCCCUGGGCCCUCGUUUAAGCCUAUACCCUUGAUCCCUCUGCUCAUCCCAAGGGUCUUUUGAAGCCUGCUGCUAAGAGGCUCUUAGGAUAUACCAUCUUUCCCACUCUGGGUCUUGCCCCUAUCUAGUAGUGUCCCAGCUGGGGAAGCUCCAUUUAGAGUAAGUAACCUGGGACCAGGUACAGAAAACUUCCAGAGUUCAAUCAGUGUCAAACUGCAUAAGCAAUAAGGUCUUAAUAAAAAGUGUUCUGGUGUAGGGUGCUUCCUACAGCCAGACAAUUGUCCUGUG